AUGAAUAUCAUUUUAUAUGCUUGCAUAAUUGGUUACGUAAUCAGCGAGAGUGAUUUAGAUUAAGCUUAUAAAUAUUUGGUACAAAAUUAGGAUCAAUUAAUGCUUGGGUAAUGGACAGCAAGCUCAGAUUAUUUAGUUUACAUAAAUGUAGUCUAUGAUAAUUAAAAUCUGAUAAUGUAAGUUUAUCCCAAGAAACACAACUUAUUACAUGAAAAGCAUUAUUUUAGACUCAGUUAUUCCCUUCUAAAUAAUUCAUAUCAUUUUGACUCAAAUUAAAAUCUUAUGACUUGGGAGAAUAUAGAUGUUAUAAUUGAAUUACAAAACAAUGAGAAACAUCCUCUUACUAUUUGCAAAGCCAAUCUCUAAAUAGAAGUUUAAACUAAAACUGUUAUUCUACAUAGUUAAUUUGCUGAGUAAUGUUAUGUAAAUGAAGAGAGAAUACGUUUAUUCAUAUUCAGCAAUUCGACUUACCAAAUGCAAGCUUUCACAUACUCGAUGCUUUUAAUAUUCAUAUCUAUAGUCUAAAUAAUUAGCACUUAUUUUUACUUAAAAUCAGAUCCAGCUGCAAAUAAGGGAGCAUCGAUGACUAUAUCUAUCGUUUUGACUCAAGAUAUAUUCAUUUGUAUUUUCAGUUCAUUGCUUUUUGACAUUCCAAGAUAUUAUUAUUUCUUCCCUUGUUUGCUUUGUUAGCUGGUUGCUAUAUUUUCUGAUCUCAAAUUGAAAGCAAAACUGACUAAUAUGGAAAGAUAAAAGAAGAGAUAUUUAUUACUAUAAAUUGUUGAAAUUUUAUCAGUCACUUUUUUAUUUUUGAGAAUUAGACGUUCGAUCGAAUUAACAUUACUGAAUAUUUUCCUGGUUCCUUAAAUUGCCAUUACCUUUUACACAGGAGAAAGACAGAGAUUUAAUAUAUAUUAUAUUGGAGCUAUAUUUCCAAGAGCUUUACUUUCAAUAUAUGCAAGGGGAUUUCAAGACAAUAUUUUAUAACUAUUACAAAAACUACAUGUAGUUUUCGUUAUAGUGCUCAUCGUUUUGAUUUAAUUUUUAAUUUAUUAUUGCUAAAACCAAUUUGGAUGGUUCAUAUUGAAAAGGAAUAAAUACAACUACUUCAUCAAGCAAACAGACGAACACACACAAUCAGAUUGUGCGAUAUGUUUGUUAAAUCUAUCAUAAAUUCCUGAUUAUACACUAAAUAAAGGAGAAUCCUUUGCACUACAAACUAUUAGUUAAGCAUCUCGAAAUAAUUUAUUAAUGAAAACACCUUGCAACCAUUAAUUUCACCCUUCUUGUUUAAGCUAGUGGAUGUAAAUCAAUCUCUCAUGCCCAUUAUGCAAAAGUGCCUUGCCAUAAGUAUUUUGAACUUUAGAAGAUUUCAGAAUAUAUAUCUGUAGAUAUAAAUAAUAUUUCAGAGAUACUUAUAUUAAUUA